AUGGCGGAGAACCACUGCGAGCUGCUGCCGCCGGCGCCGGGCGGCCUCGGGGCGGGGCUGGGGGGCGGCCUGUGCCGCCGCUGCAGCGCGGGGCUCGGCGCCCUGGCCCAGCGCCCCGGCGGCGUGUCCAAGUGGGUCCGGCUGAACGUGGGCGGCACCUACUUCCUCACCACCCGGCAGACGCUGUGCCGGGACCCCAAGUCCUUCCUGUACCGGCUGUGCCAGGCCGACCCCGACCUGGACUCGGACAAGGAUGAAACGGGCGCCUACCUGAUCGACAGAGACCCCACCUACUUCGGGCCUGUACUGAACUACCUGAGACACGGGAAGCUGGUCAUCAACAAGGACCUCGCGGAGGAGGGAGUGUUGGAGGAAGCAGAAUUUUACAAUAUCACCUCGCUAAUAAAACUUGUAAAGGACAAAAUUAGAGAACGAGACAGCAAAACCACACAGGUGCCCGUGAAGCACGUGUACCGCGUGCUGCAGUGCCAGGAGGAGGAGAUCACGCAUGUGGUGUCCACCCUGUCCGACGGCUGGAAGUUCGAGCAGCUGGUCAGCAUCGGCUCCUCCUACAACUACGGUAGCGAGGACCAGGCCGAGUUCCUGUGUGUGGUGUCCAAGGAGCUGCACAACGCCCCCUACGGCACGGCCAGCGAGCCCAGCGAGAAAGCCAAGAUUUUGCAAGAACGGGGUUCACGGAUGUGAGGACCGCAGUGCUGACGCUGGGAGAGACCUUUUCCUUUUCUAAGAUGUGGCUGAGCCCGCUCGGCCGUGAGGAGAACCCUGCUUUUGACAAUUUCUCUACAGAUCGGGUGUACAUCCUUUUUGCCUCUGAGGUGGGAGGUGAGAGGGACCAGCUGCCCGGGCCCACAUCCCGGGAGGAGGCGGUUGCAGCAGGCGCGCCCCGGGGCUCCGCCGGUCUCUGCAGACCUGCGCGGCCUUCGGCGGGCGCCCACUGCCCGUCGUCCCUGGAGCUCUCACAGGACAGCGUUCUUGGUGCUAAUGACCGCCUGCGACGCGGCCUGCCGGGGCGUCUGCUCCCCCGGCACGCGUCUGGCCUCCGCGGGCAGCUCCUGACAGGUGGCGCAUCCACUACUUGUGGCCCAGACCUGACCGGCCUGCAGCCGUCAGGCUUCUCGCCCUGACCAGUGGCCUUGGUGUCCUUUGUCCCAGCGGGUGGCCUGUCUGCUGUUGUCGCCUAGAAACGCCUGGAAGUGUUCUGCGCUCGACGAAUCUGUUAAAUCAUUAAAGAGGUGGGCGUCGCCGUGUCCCCGUGCCCGGGCUGCUGGGGAGCUGGCGCCGUGAGUGCCUUUGUCAGCCUGGGCUGGGGGCCGGCGGCGGCCUGUCCUGGGCCUCCAGAGCGUGGCCGCAGGGCAGCGCCCUUUCCCGCACGUCACGGGGGUCUCGCCUGCCACGUGUGUUUCUGUCCAACUAUGCAGUCCCCUCUGGCGUGCGGGGGCCGAGACACCCGUGUGGGCUCCAGGCGCAGGCGGGGCCGCGCUUCUGCCCCUCGACCUUUGGGCCCGGAGCUGCAUGCACUGACCCCUCUGCGGAGCGUCCACAUCACAUGCUUCCGGGAACGUCUGGCCUCUGCCCUCCUCUCCUUUGCCAAUAACCUGAGUGACCGGCCCCCCAGCGCCCGGGCCGGCGCCACGGUCUGUCCCGGCGGCACCUCGCAAGGGGGCCCUGCGCCAGCCCGGGGCAGCUGCUGGCCAGUGUGGUGGGUGAUGCCCCUGACACAAUAGAUCCAUCAAGCUUUUUUUCCUUUACAAUUUUUGGUUUUCAUUAAUUUAAGAUUUCAAGAUUUAAUUCAUUAAAAUUUAUUCUAAGGGGAU